GUGGGCGGUCUGUCGCAGCAGCGCCGGCUCGCGAUCGCGCCUGACACUCUAGUCCUUCGGCGAGAACCCUGCGAGUGACAAUCUCCUGGCGGGCAUGGGACCUCGGCCGAGACCGGUCCUUCUGGCGGCUGCGCUGGUUGUCGUUCUGGCGGUCCUCCGUGGCCGGAUAGUAGCGGAGGCGGAGCUGGACGUGCGGCUGGCGGCGCCGCGGCACGUGCUGUUCGGCCACUCUGCGCUGUUCCGCUGCGAGUACAGCGUCCCGCGCGAACUGCUCCACAAAGUGGAGUGGCUCCGUAACGGCCGCAAGAUGUUCCAGUUCGUACGCGGCCGCUCGCCGCCCUUCCGCGAGUUCCACGUCCUCUUCGCCAAAAUAGACCGUAACGAGAGCGACGAGCGGCAGCUGAUGCUUCGCGGGCUCAAGUUCGAGGCGUCCGGCAUCUACACGUGCGAGGUGUCCACGAUAGCGCCCAUCUUCACCCGCAGCUCCGAGGAAGCGGAGGUCAUCGUCAUCCAGCCACAGCGGUGGCCGCCUCUGGUGAGCGUGGGGCGGCCGGUGUACACUGCCGGGGAGACCCUGAGGGCCAACUGCACGACCAGCCCGGCGCGACCCGCCCCCAGCGUCGUCUGGCUGCUCAACGGCCACAAGAUCCCUGGGAGCCACUACCAGCAGACGGAGCACCGCGAUCCGGACAGCGAGCACCUGUCGUGGUCGACGUCGAAGCUCAAGAUGCACCUGACGGACGCCCACGUGGGCACCAUGACGCUCACCUGCGUGGCCGCAGUGCCCGGCUUCGCCGGCGAGCCCAUGAUCGACUUCAUCGACCAGAGGGAGCACUCUGCCACAGCUGAGGUGGUGGUGCCGGUGCCCGAGAGCUCUGCCUGCCGGGGGAAUCCCCCGUUUGUGUCGCAGCUGCUGCUGCCUCUGCUGCUGUGCGGCGCGCUGCUGUGACGUCACUGGCCGUGAUGGCCGCCAGCUGCGCCCACCGUGCCAAGACAGCCACACCGACAGCUCCUCAGGCUCCUGUCGGCGACCGUGUCGAGCCAAUCAGCAGCCCUCGCGAUUAGUCGGAGGGGAGAGGAAGGGGGAACAACGGGGAAGAAGUGUGCUUGCUUUUUUGGAGUCACCCUCGCAGUUGAACAAGUCGUUUCUAAAUGUUUCCCGCUUGAAUCAAUUUUCAUAUGGUUGUCUACAGUCUUUUGCUCAGUUCACGAGUUCAGUAGGAAACUCUGACCUAAAGUGGAAAAAUGACGGCUAAAUGCGACACUUUGGAAAUUAUUGCGUGAUUUAUUUCUUCUCCUGCUAUGAUAUCGCACUUUGGCUGGCGGCAAAACACCAUUACUCUUUCAUAUUAUUACACAUAUUCUGGACUUGAUUACAACUACAAUUCCUCUACAAAAUUUCUGCAGAUCUCUCCUCAGGUACACUAUUUUAUUACCAGCGGUAUCUAACAGAAGCCAGUGGCUACGCACAACAUUGCUCAAUGCUAGGAACACGCAAAUUCUGUCAAUGUAUUGCUGUAAAUAAUUUCAUACAUUUACUUAUACAUUGUACAGCUUGAAAAGUCUAAAAGCAGCUAAAAUAAGGCGUUGUUCAUUUGUCAAUUUCAACGUAAAAAUGCAGGACUGAACAGUUACCUCUAAUUACUGCAGAGCUUACUUUAUCAGCAGCAAGAACAAUGUGCAAGUCAUAAACGGUGCACAGAAUACGCCCCGACAAAAAUAUUUAUACUGAAUCACUUUUUCAAAAUUUACGAAUAUAAGACUUACAGCUCCGUAAAAUAUAAACCAUUUCAGGACACUCUCUAAAAUGAGGCUGUAACAUUAAUUACUGACUAAUGUAAAUUACUCUCCUAAAAGUAAACUGCGCUUGAAAGAGAAGUCAAGUUCACUAACACCAAAGAGCAUUUGGAGAUAUAUAAUUGUUUCUUGCUCGUUAUUCCGUGCCAGUGAUGAAACUCUUUAAUUUAUUAAGAACACGUAAUCACCAGCAAUAAUUGAUUCAACACCAUUACACUGGCAUAAACGCUUCACCCAGUGGAUCAGCAUUACCGUUGACUGAUACCUGGUGUUCUCAGCAUAUGGGCUCUUCCAACUAAACUUUGGUGCGUAUUUUAAAAAGUAGAAAUAAAACGGAAAGAUUACUAACCGCACCCCACUGUUAGCGAUUUGGUGUACAGAUCUGGAAACCAAACAUUUACUGAAGCCCUCAUAUUUAAAAAAGAUGCAGUUAUAAUUAUUUUAAUGUUACACACAGUAAGAUAUUUUAGUUAAUGGGAGUGUGGGGAAGCGAAACAGAGAGUUACAGUUUUAAUGUCGAAGCAUAUUUUUAUCUUCUGAAGCGUUGUAACUCAUGAAUAAAAGUACGACUUAUUUGUCUGUGUCGCCGCUGCUGUCUUCGUUGUAGUCCAGUUUAUGGAAUAAUAGGGACGAAGAGUCUCUAUGUCGCACUCUAUUCUCAUCGUAUACUUCAAUCUCUACAUAAAUCUUCGUGUUGUAUUAUCAGUGUCUACUCAAUAGUUGAUCCAUAUCUCCUUUAACUGGUUUUUCUUGC